CCUCUAUAGCGGAGGCUGAAAGGAAAGCCGGGAUGUUGCAAGCGAUGAAACGCCGUUUGGCUGAUUUUCCCACCGAAGCGCGGGAGUUGUGUUGGUCAGAAUCCGUGCCGUACCUUGAUAUUCUUCCGACUCCCCUUGAAUUCUACCGGGAAUGGAUCUGCCCAAACAAACCAUGUAUAAUCCGAAAUGCUUUCCACCACUGGCCGGCUCUGAAGAAGUGGACCCUGGGUUACUUGAGGCAAAUAAUGGGAUCCAAGCUGGUGAGUGUGGCAGUAACCCCCAAUGGUUAUGCUGAUGCAGUUUAUCAGGACUGGUUUGUUAUGCCAGAGGAGCGUCAUAUGCCUUUCAGUGCGUUUUUGGACAUUUUGGAGAAAAAGAUAACUUCUCCAGGGGUGUUCUAUGUGCAGAAACAGUGUUCAAACCUGACUGAGGAAUUCCCUGAACUUUUAGGUGACGUGGAGCCUGAGAUACCUUGGAUGAGCGAAGCACUGG